UAUGUUUUCUUUUGUUUACAAUACUAAUAAAUAAGUAUCCAAACAUACAUCUCGAGUCUGAAGUAUAUAGUGAUGAACGUUUAUAGGUUAAUCAUUAUUGUUGUUACGACAUUUGUAACCCUGAUUGUAUGCUAAAAAUAAAUUGUUCAUGUAAGCUACAGCUUAUUCAUUUAACUUAUAUACAAAGGUUGCCAGAAGACACAAAUAACGAGUGCAUUGAUACGGUUUAAUAAUGAAACGUAAAUCUAAGAAAAAAUGAGUUAAUCUCAAAAGUACAUCCUGCUAGCAUGGUUAGGUUUUAUCUCGAAAUAAAUUUGAUAAAAAAGUGAUAAAAAUAUUGUUAUUAAAAGGAACAUGUAGAUGUGGUUUUACGCAGAAUGUCUUACGUUAAACUCUUACUUUUGGAACUCCCUACGUGUUCCCUUUUUCAAUUGCACAAAGCGUGAAGACCUGUGCAUAGUACUUUUAUUUAUAUUCCAUUGAUUAGGCGUUCAAAAGUCUUCAAGUAAUGAUUAAAUCAAUUUAUUAAAAAUUUUCUUUUUGCUAAUUGCUUUUUCGUCUAUAAUCUGUAAAAAAAAACUGAGUGUUCCUUUCAAAUUACAAUGUCAUCUCAAAUAUAUCUCCAUGAAGAACUGCAGCCACGGUACAUUUCUAAUACAUUUUUGCAAGAAAUAAGGGAUCGAUUCCGUCCUGCGACUUUUCACACACACACAAAUCUCGCGCGUUCUGAAAAUGUUCUUUACUAACAAGUAUAUUAAUCUAUGGAUUUUUAGCGAAAUCAGUCGCACAUUUGGUUUUUGAAGUCUUUCUCAAAUUGUAAGUUUGUGUAUAAAAAACUUUUUUUAACUAAUUUUCUUGUAUUGCAUUAUCUAUCAAAUUUUUUUUAAUUCUAUUUAUUUUAAAUGUAAUGUUCCAACUUUAAUCUUAUAGAGUAUCAACGUUAAAGAUUUUACCAUUUUUGUAUUUACGAUGAAUAUUUCGGUUGUAUUUGAACUUGUUUCUAAUGAGAAAACGAAUAUAUCAAUAUAUUGCCAUGGAACCAAUAAAUAACUCUUUCUUUGAAAAAAAGACAAAUUUAUAAGUUUUUGUCCUUUUUAUCUUUUUAUAAAUUCUUUUUCUAAAAGUUCAGACUUGUCAAUAUAAGAAGUGGUCGGAUAAUUAAUCUAUUAAGGCAUUCAUUGAGCAAUUAGAAAACAAUUUAAUUGAUAACAUCCGUGUGAGGAGAUCGGAGGAGCAGCACAGCAUGGGAUGGGUCGACGCUUUGGACAAUUUAUGACUUUAGAAACAAUGGGUGUUUGUCACUAUAUCUGUUUGACCGCUGUAUCAUUUCACAAGUUGCUAUCUCUUUCUGAACUGACCAUGGCCGAAAAUUCUGCUCUUAGUCCAAAUCAAAAUCUAGAGAAUGAUGAUUUUGGACCGAUAGAUUUAACCAAAGAUUCUAAUGACAAUAGCAGUGAUACUGACAACGUGAUCGUAAGACGAAAACGAAAGCCAAAGAAAUUUGAAAAUUUAUCUGAAAUCGCCAUCGAAGAAAGGAGGAAUACUGCAAACGUUCAAGAAAGAAAGCGCAUGAAGAAGUUAUCGAAAGCUCUUGAAGAUCUCCGAAAGUGUAUACCGGCCGAAUAUCAUGUAACCAACCGCAAAAUGUCAAAAAUUCGGACACUUAAAUUAGCUGUUAACUAUAUUGCUUCUUUAACAGAUAUCAUUGACAGAGACAAUUUGUUAAAACAACAAGCCUUCCAUCUUGAAAGUCAGAUGCUACAUUCGACCUAUUCUUAUUUGAUGCCUUCGCCCGUUGGAGUUCAACACGGUAACCUUUCCACUGUGCAACAGUCAGGAUUUUCGCCGUAUCACACGCCUUGUAUUAGUUCCGAACACAGUAGACUGCCGAAACGACAUUUAAAUUUCUCGCCUUUUUUUGGAACACCAAUUCCGUCGAUGAUUUCGCAGGGAAGACAAUUGACAUAUCAGACUCCGGUGAAAUCAGAACCAACUCCGUAUAGGAAUCCAGAAAUGAUCACAAGACGUCGUACAAGUACUUUUUCGUCUCCGUCCUUUAUUGGUGAUCUGAGAAAUAUGAAUGAAGUAAAUACAAGUUUUCUCAGCCCAAUGGCAGAUGACAGUGAUGUGGGUUCUGGACCUUCACGUUCAACCGAUGCAAAUCAGUAUACAUACACGUUAGACGGUAUAAGUCCAAUUCCAGAAGAGGAGAAUUUCCGAGGAGGGACAGACUGUGUGUUUGAUCCAAGACGAAGACUCAAGAAAACAGAAUAACGGGAUCGGUAUACAGACCCGAGUGGGACCAAUGUAGUGCUACAGAGCAGCUAGAUGACUUCAGUGCAGAACUUUUGUAUGCAUGCAACUUUGUGAAACAGUUUUUAUCUAUGUGUCAAAUUUAUUAAAUAUGUAUAUGAAAAUAUGGGUAAUAGUUCAAAUGAAGCCCUUGAUUUUUGAGAGAAAAAAAUGUAUAUAUAGUUCAAAAGCAGACAUGCAUUUUGGAAAAGGUAAACAUUUAACUAUUUUGCGUGAUAUAUAAAUAAGGAGAUGUGGUAUGAUUGCAAUUUGACAACUAACUACCAGUGACCAAAUAACCCAUUUGUUUUCAAAAAUAACUUGACCGCGAUUCUCGAAUGUGGAUUCUUGGACUUUGACAUUUUGCUUUGUAAACGUGAACUUGUUGUAACAAUUGACAUUUUUUGUCUUGAAAACCUUACUUCUGAAAUCACAAAAUCAGAGGUUUUCUGCUAUAUUUUUUUUCUCCUGUUUUCCUCCGUCUUUUAUUUUUGACUUUGUCAAUGGAACGUAUGUCCACAUUUUUAAAAAAACUGCGAUUGAAACAAUUCUAAUUCACAAGAUACACGGGUACAAUUUCUUCGAUGAUGUUCCUGGUAAAAUGACUGUGUAAUCUCUUACCUUAAUGGAGCAUAUUACAGUCCCCCCCCCACAAAAAAAAAAAAAAAAAUUAAAAAAAAAGAUAUGUUUUGUUGAAAUUCUCGAUUGCACGCAGUCAAGGAAUCAAAACAUUACUUAUCUGAUUUGUCAAAAGCCAUUUCCAACUUUUUUUUACAGAUUGUUCUUGUGUUGUGUUGUUACACUACCGUCCCAGGUUAAGAGAGGAUCGAGCGCUUACAAACAUGUUUAACCCCGCCACACUCUUUAUAUGCCUUCCCCAAAUCAGGAGCCUGUGUUUCAGUGGUUGGUGUUUUUUGCUGUAUAUCAUAUUUGUUUUGUGCUUGUUGUUUCAUUUAGAUAUAAGGUCGUUAGUUUUCUCGAUUGAUUUUUUCAACAUUUCUCAUAUCGGGUUUUUUUAUAGCUUCCUCUGCAGUAUUCGUUUUGCUCGUUGUUGAAGGCCGUACUGUGACCUGUAGUACCAAAGUUUUACGUCAAUUGGUAACUGGUGGAUAGUUUUCUCAUUGGUAAUCAUAACACACAUUAUUUUUAUGUUCAAAAUUGAAUAAUCUUUAAUUUGCUCCUUAUUUUGUCACAAUGCACCUUUUGGUAAAAGGUCUUCAGAAAAUAAAAUAAAAUCGCAUAUUGGACGAGUUGACAUGACAAUAAAAUAUAUGACGACAUUUAUGAAAAAGGUGUACAUUAUGACGUACGUGUAAUUGUGCUAUCACCCAUCAAAACUAUUGUGCAGUUAUAUUUCUUGAUCGUAUGAUUUUAAGACAUUAUGCGCAAAUUCGGAAUAGUUUUUACACAUUUUGAAUG